AACACCGGGAUGUAUCAUAGGAAAAAAUGGAAAUGACUGACUGAUCUACAAAUUACAUUGACACGUUAUUUAUGAUGCAAGGUGAUUUGUAGAUCACUCAGCCUCGACUUGCCUUUAAAAGUCGGCUGAAAUGACGAACGCUCCCGUUGUAACACUUUCACCAUUCCUGCGUAGACGCCCGCGAAUAGACAGUGUUUGUGCAUUACACGGGCUUGACUGUGGUUGCAUAUCUGUGGAUAGUUCAACUUCAAAGUAUCCGUUUACUUACUUAUUUUUAUCACCACAAUGCACAGAGUAAAGGUAGUUUUUGGUCAUUUAUCGCCACCGAACACGUUUAAAUCCCACAGUGAUCCUAUUGUUUCAGGGGCAGAAUGUAGAGCUUUAUCAGCCAGUCCAGAUGAUAUAGUGGUAGUCCACGGGCUGAGGACUGCUUUCGGCAAGGCUAAAAAAGGAUCUUUCAAGGACACCACUCCAGACGAGCUGUUGAGUUGCGUGAUGACAGCGGUCCUGGUAGAUGUGGGAUUGUCACCUGAGAGACUAGGAGACAUCUGUGUGGGUAAUGUUCUGCAGCCUGGAGCUGGUGCUCUCAUGGCCAGAGUGGCUCACUUCCUCAGUGAGUUCCCAGAGACUGUCCCUGUCUACACCGUCAACAGGAUGUGUUCCUCUGGUCUACAGGCUCUGUUUAACAUCGCAGGAGCCAUCAGGAGUGGGUCGUAUGAUAUGGGUCUGGCCUGUGGAGUAGAGAGCAUGUCGCUGCGUGACGCUGGGGAACCAGGCGAUGUGAGCUCUAGACUUAUGGACUUCGAGAAGGCUAGAGACUGUGUCAUACCUAUGGGCAUCACCUCAGAGAAUGUGGCAGAGCGGUUCGGUGUCUCCAGAGAGAAGCAGGAUGCAUUCGCCUUCAGCUCUCAGCAGAAGGCCAGCCAGGCUCAGAAGCAGGGGAUAUUUGACCAGGAGAUUUGCCCAGUAACCACAAAGUUUGUUGACGAGGAUGGCUCUGAACGCACGGUUACCGUAACCAAGGACGAUGGGAUCCGGCCCAGUACCACGCUGGCUGGGCUGACCAAACUCCGAGGGGCUUUCAAACCUGACGGCAGCACCACCGCAGGUAACUCCAGCCAGGUGAGUGACGGUGCAGCAGCGGUGCUGGUUGGCAGGAGGUCCGUGGUGGAGUCCCUGUCUCUGCCAGUCCUGGGGGUGCUGAAGGCCAGUGCGGUGGUGGGAGUACCCCCUGACGUCAUGGGUAUCGGACCAGCCUAUGCCAUCCCUGCUGCUCUGAGGCAGGCCGGUCUGACUGUAGCUGAUAUUGAUGUGUUUGAAAUCAACGAGGCGUUCGCCAGCCAGGCUGUGUAUUGCGUGGAGAAGCUGGGGAUCGCCAUGGAGAAGGUGAACCCGAACGGAGGUGCCAUCGCCCUGGGUCACCCUCUGGGCUGCACCGGGGCCCGUCAGGUUGUCACCCUGCUCAACGAACUCAAACGCAGGGGCAGGAGGGCCUAUGGCGUGGUGUCCAUGUGUAUCGGAACAGGGAUGGGAGCUGCAGCAGUAUUUGAGUACCCUGGACCUUAGAGGGAGCUGAUCAAUAACGAUAUUGAUUAAGGGUUCACACUGUGAUGCUUCGUACACCUUUGACAGAAUCAUCUGUUGAUUAACUGUUGAGGUGUUAAUGCCCUGUCUACAGGUCGUCAGUCAUGUGAUUCAUCAGCGAGUGCAUGUUUUUUUGGAUUCCGUAUAAAUGACGGCACGAGAACGGACUGGUUAAUCAUUCUGUAGAUUACUGUAUGUUAAUGCCUUGCCAAAGUCUGGUAAAUCUUUAAGUGCCUUGCAUUUCAGGAAAGCAAUGCGCUUUGAUAUACCGCUGUACAAAUCAAUCUGUAAAUAUGUGAUUUUGCUUGAAAUUUUCAAUGUUAGGGGCUAAAAAAGUGAUAUGGAAUAACAUGGGGUAGAUUAGUUAGGUGAUGUGGAAUAACAUGGGGUAGAUUAGUUAGAAGGUGAUAUGGAAUAACAUGGGGUAGAAUAGUUAGAAGGUGAUAUGGAAUAACAUGGGGUAGAUUAGUUAGGUGAUGUGGAAUAACAUGGGGUAGAUUAGUUAGAAGGUGAUGUGGAAUAACAUGGGGUAGAUUAGUUAGGUGAUGUGGAAUAACAUGGGGUAGAUUAGUUAGAAGGUGAUGUGGAAUAACAUGGGGUAGAUUAGUUAGAAGGUGAUAUGGAAUAACAUGGGGUAGAAUAGUUAGAAGGUGAUAUGGAAUAACAUGGGGUAGAUUAGUUAGGUGAUAUGGAAUAACAUGGGGUAGAUUAGUUAGGUGAUGUGGAAUAACAUGGGGUAGAUUAGUUAGAAGGUGAUAUGGAAUAACAUGGGGUAGAUUAGUUAGGUGAUGUGGAAUAACAUGGGGUAGAUUAGUUAGGUGAUGUGGAAUAACAUGGGGUAGAUUAGUUAGAAGGUGAUGUGGAAUAACAUGGGGUAGAUUAGUUAGAAGGUGAUGUGGAAUAACAUGGGGUAGAAUAGUUAGAAGGUGAUAUGGAAUAACAUGGGGUAGAUUAGUUAGAAGGUGAUGUGGAAUAACAUGGGGUAGAUUAGUUAGAAGGUGAUGUGGAAUAACAUGGGGUAGAUUAGUUAGAAGGUGAUGUGGAAUAACAUGGGGUAGAUUAGUUAGAAGGUGAUGUGGAAUAACAUGGGGUAGAUUAGUUAGAAGGUGAUAUGGAAUAACAUGGGGUAGAUUAGUUAGAAGGUGAUAUGGAAUAACAUGGGGUAGAUUAGUUAGAAGGUGAUGUGGAAUAACAUGGGGUAGAUUAGUUAGAAGGUGAUAUGGAAUAACAUGGGGUAGAUUAGUUAGAAGGUGAUAUGGAAUAACAUGGGGUAGAUUAGUUAGAAGGUGAUGUGGAAUAACAUGGGGUAGAUUAGUUAGAAGGUGAUGUGGAAUAACAUGGGGUAGAUUAAUUAGGUGAUGUGGAAUAACAUGGGGUAGAUUAGUUAGAAGGUGAUGUGGAAUAACAUGGGGUAGAUUAGUUAGAAGGUGAUGUGGAAUAACAUGGGGUAGAUUAGUUAGAAGGUGAUAUGGAAUAACAUGGGGUAGAUUAGUUAGAAGGUGAUGUGGAAUAACAUGGGGUAGAUUAGUUAGAAGGUGAUGUGGAAUAACAUGGGGUAGAUUAGUUAGAAGGUGAUAUGGAAUAACAUGGGGUAGAUUAGUUAAGCACUAUUUGCAGUAGUAUUACUAGAGAACGUUGGUUAUGUAAUUAUUACUCUAGAAUGUCCAUUAUUCCAGAGGACGACUGGGAUGGGAUAUGUUUUUCAUAAUUCACCCCUGUAAUUCUUACUUUUUUUCAAUAAAUUCACAGUUAUGACGGAA